AUGUGUGUGAAUUCCAGUCUCGAUCCGUACGAAGAUCCCGUAGUUGGAUUGGAGCGAGUAGCUUCAUCGCCGAAUGUGAGUAAUCUGUCUCGACGCAGAAGAGAGGAUGAAGAAAGGUUACGUAGACGUCGACUACAGCAACCACCUCAAGAGUUGGAACAAGAACAUGCGUUGUCAUCUAAGUAUGAAAGCCUCAACUAUGAAGUAUCUGAGAACCAGCUGUAUCGCGAUGAAGAAGCGGAUCCUUACCAUCAUAUGAGGCUAUGGCGACGUUCACGUAAUCGAUGGAUCGUAUGUUUCUUAAUAGGUAUUGUCACUGCUCUUGUUGCGGCGGCUAUUGAUAUUAUGCUACACUACAGUCAAGAGAUAAAAUUUGGCUUCAUCAUCAAAAAUUUGCUGUCUAAGUGUGAUGAAGAAACUGAGCUUACUGGCGAUGGUUGCAUGUGGAAAGUUGUCGCGGCCUGGAUUUGUUAUAACUGUUUACUUGUUGGGAUUGCUGGAUGCUUGGUGAUAUUUUGGGCACCAAUUGCUGGAGGCUCGGGCAUCCCACAAAUCAAAUGUUUCUUGAAUGGCAUUCAAAUACCGGAAGUUGUGAAAUUGAAGACGCUAGUUUCUAAGGCAGUUGGAGUUGCUUGUGCAGUUAGUGGAGGUCUGUCAGCUGGAAAGGAAGGGCCGAUGAUCCAUUCUGGUGCUGUUGUGGGCGCUGGUAUUUCUCAAGGUAGAUGUCAAUCUCUGCGCUUUGAUACUGGCUUGUUCAAAGAGUUCAGAAAUGAUAGAGAACGUCGCGACUUUGUUUCCGCUGGAGCAGCUGCUGGUGUUGCAGCGGCUUUCGGUGCUCCCAUAGGUGGUGUACUAUUUUCCCUUGAGGAAGGAGCAAGCUUUUGGAAUCAGAAUCUGACAUGGAGAAUGGUGAGUACAUAUUUCCUCGAGAUCUUUUAUACAUGA